GUUCCUGCAGGAGAAGAGAAUCAUGGAGCGGCGUGGUCGGGUGCAGGUGGUCAGGGUGCUGCUGGUAGUGGUGGUCUCCUGUCUGCUGCUGGGACCGGCUCUGGCUCAGGUCAGACACCCCCUCCCCGUGCUGUGGAUGAUGCCGGUCAGCUCAGGGUCCAGGGGGGAGAACCUGACCGCCGCCGUACUCCCCGCUGUCAGACUGGCUCUUCAGGAUCUGCAGAAACAACCAGCGCCUCUGGGGAACUACGAGAUCCAGCUCCAGCUGCUGGACUCACAGUGUGAUGCUGCUCAAUCCCUCAAAGCUCUGUUUGAUGCUCUGUGGGUGGGGCCAAAGUUUCUCCUGCUGUUUGGAGGGGUGUGUCCAUCUGUGACCUCGCUCAUCGCUCGCUCUCUCCCCGCCCUCAACCUGGUGCAGGUGUCUUUCGCGGCCUCGCCCCCCAGUCUGUCCAACAGGAAGUGGUACGGGAACCUGUUCAGCACGGCGCCGUCAGACCGGGCUCUGAACCAGGCGGCGGUGAAGCUGCUGCAGCGCCACAGGUGGAGCAGAGUGGGAGUCAUCACGCAGGAGGGACCCCGCCUCUCAGAGAUGAAGAGAGAUCUGAUGAGGCAGCUGCAGAAGGCAGACGUUCAGGUGGUCUCCACAGAGAGUCUCUCUGCAGACGUCUGCAGCGGCCUGAGGAAGCUGAAGGAGAGUGACGCCCGGAUCAUCAUCGCACAGUUUGAAGAGGAAUCUGUCUCCGAGGUGUUCUGCUGUGCGUACAGACUCAACCUGUUCGGACCUCAGUACCAGUGGUUGGUGGUCGACAGGGGCUCGGCCGAGUGGAGGCUCGGCUGGCAGGUUUCUGGAUGUUCGGUGGACAGUCUGCUGACAGCAGCAGACGGAUCCAUCAGGCUGCAGACCAGACGACUCGGCAACGGCAACACAGCAGGAGUCUCCGGACGG